AGUAACAGAACCAGAUCCGUUCUUUCACAUUGGAGUUCAUUACUGCCUGGACUUUCAUCUUCAACCCCCUCUACUAAAGUGCAUCCUUUGCCUUCUUAGUGGUGCCAUGCUGCUGGAAGUCCUUUGACAAGUCCAGGAUGUCGGCUGAGCUCGAUUCUGGUGAUGGGCAGAUGGAAAGGGGGUCCAUCCCCCUGGACAUUGACAAUGUGCACAUGCUACUGCAGGUGGAACAAGAGCAAAUUCAAAAGAGGACGUUCACCAACUGGGUCAACGCUCAGCUGGCUAAGAGGAGGCCGCCAUGCAGGGUGUUGGAUCUGUUCAAUGAUUUUCGAGAUGGCUCCAAACUGUUAGACCUGCUGGAGGCCAUGAGCGGCCAGCACUUUAGUCGGGAGAGAGGGAGGGGAAUGUUCCAGCACAGAAGCAACAUUGAGAAAGCACUGUCCUUUCUUCAAAAGAAAUCGAUCAAACUAGUCAACAUAAACAUUCCUGACAUUAUUGAUGGUAAACCUUCCAUCAUCCUGGGCCUGAUAUGGACAAUCAUUCUCCAGUAUCAUAUUGAGGAGUUGGCCAGUUGCCUUUCGUUUGACUCCCGUCAGUCUUCCAUGGAGUCUCUGGCCAGUUUGGACACGCGCUCUACCCUCUCAAGUCGCUCGGCCAGCAGCAGCCCUGUUCCCCCGAAAGGAUCAGCUCUCCAUAACCGUUUUAGGGUCUCUGCCAAGAAAGCCCUUUUGCUCUGGGUUCGGGAACAGUGCCAUAAAGCUGGCUGCACAAUAAAUGUGAAGGACUUUAAGGCGAGCUGGAGGAGUGGAGUUGUUUUCCUGGCAAUCCUACACGCUCUGCGGCCUGACGUAGUGGAUCUGUCUAAAGCCAAAACCAGGAGCAAUAAGCAAAAUCUUAAAGAAGCCUUCCUCAUUGCAGAGAAAGAACUGAGGAUCCCCAAACUGCUGGAGCCCGAUGAUGUGGACGUUCGAGACCCGGAUGAGAAGUCCAUCAUGACAUACGUGGCUCAGUUCCUGCAGUACUCCAGAGACAUGCCAGUAGCAGAGGAAGAAAUGCAGACUCACUACUUGACUCCUCCCAAAAGUUCCUCACCUAUCAACCUGCCUCUUCACUACACUCCUGCUAUUUCUGCUUCACCUCUUCGACAGGCUACAGCUGAUCAAAAAGCAAAGGAAGUCACGCACUGGCUUGUUCAGGCCUACGAAGAGCUGCUGGAGGGGUGGGACUCCACAGAGGGAGAAAGCUACUCAGAGAGAUACCAUGUCUUUCAGACCUUUCUGGUGUCUUUUAAUGAGCAGCGAAGGCCCAUCAUGCCUUUACUGACAGCAAUGCGACGAACUUCAAAACUGAGUGAGGAGCAGCGGGCUCUGAGAGAGGCAUGGGAUUCUCUCAGUGAAAAGCUAAGAGAGUACAAAACUGAGUUGGAUAUGAGUCUUCCACCCCUGUUGGACACAGUAGCCCGCUGGCUGUUGAAAACUGAAGGGGUGUUAGCUGAGGAACAAGGUGACCCUCAGGACCAUGGCUGUGCUGCUGAUGAAGCCAGGGAAAAACAAGAGCUGCUCAAAGUUUGCCUGGAGGAGAUGCCGCAGCAAAUGAGAACCUUCCAAUCUUUCCAAAACAUGGAUGAGUAUGGAAACUUGAUGGUUCCUACUGACAAAAUGGACGAGCUAAAGAGGAGAUUUACCAGCGUGAGAGUGACAGCUAAGUAUCACGGUAUUAAGUUGGAAUACUGGGAGCACCGCCACACAGUGCUGGAUCUGUUGGGGCAGAUCAGAUCUAAGCUCCACGUGUGGAAGGGACCUUAUAUCUCUCCAGAGGCUGUCAGGUUGUUGCUGCAAGAAUGGAAUGACUUGGUAAACACACAAGGGUUGCCUUCUUUGUUGGAAGCUGCUCUUCGUAAGCUGAAGCAGAUUUCUGAGAAAUACUCAAGUAAAUCUGCCCUCGCUGCAGAUUACCACCAGGUCAGUAAGCAGGUGAAGCAGCUUGAGGAAGAAACUGCAAGGGCUUUGGAGGAACUGACAAGAGCCAAAGGCAUCAUGGGCCAUGUCAUGUCUGCCUGGGAAACGUACCGGGACUGCCUUAGCUCCCUUCAGGCUUGGCUUGAACAGGGCUCUGUAACACACAGCCAUGGCAUCAGACCUCUGGUGCCAUCAGAGUCCAUGGCUGAGUGGGGAACCAGGCAUGCCCAGUUGAACGAGGUGGGCCACCUCUUGAUUGAAUCAACAGCCCCUGCGACCAGCCGAAGUGUGACAGAAGAACUUCGAAAACUCAACAUGCAUUGGGCAGAGUUUGUCAAAAAGAACAUGUCGGAAAGUCAAGAGUUAAGUGCAGAUAUUCAGGCCAACGCACCGGAUCUCCAGGCCUUGAUCAGAGAGGCCACUCUGAUUCUCAAAGAGCCUCUCGAGACAAUGGCAGGUCCUUUACGUACCUACCGGAAAAGAUUACAGUUCAUUAUAGGAAAGAUAAAACAAGUGGACAUAGAUGCUCUUGUUCCCUCCCCAGAUUGCUCAUCUGAUCAGUUACGGAAACUUAGGCUUGCUACACCUGAGGUGAUGCAGACGUUGUUCGAAGCAGAACAGGUUUGUGCAGAGCUGCAGCAUAGUGUGUCUGGGCUGGACAGUAGAUUAGCUGAACUCCUGCACUGGGAAAUGGAGGCGAGGGAGCUCUACCAACAGCUGAGAUCCACAGAUCGAAAACAAAAACAGUCGAGCCAAGAUCCGAGAGCCAGGGUCAUAAUAUCCCGUGGUCUACAGUUGGAGGGUCAGGUCGUCACUGAAGAGCAGGACCUGCAGGUUAUAGUUAUAACCAAACAGAAAAGCUCCCCUCUCCAAUAUCUUCUUGCCUCCUCUAUGCAGGAACGAAUUCAAGCUGCUGUUGCUCAGUCACAGGAAGCGAUUGGUAUGCUGAGUAGCAUGGGAUCCAGAAGGGAUAAAAGCAGAAGUCCUACAGAGGCAGGCCCUCCAUCAAAGGUCUUGAGAGAGUCAAACACUGAGCAGCCAAGUCAACGACCUGUUACUGUACUGCCAGAGACCCCGCUUGAGACACCAGAUAUCUGUAUCAAACCUCCUGCUUUGGCCCAAGCACCAGUCCAGGCCUACACAGAGGCCUACUACAAGGCACAGGCUCUGGCCAGAAAUGGUUUCGAGGAGGCCAAACACUGCCUGCAGGCACACAUCAUGGAAGCUAUUACUGUCUUUAAAGACAAACGCUUUUCAGCGGAGCAAGCAUCAGUCAAAGAGAACACACUUAGGGCUCUAGACCCAGAGUUGCUGGAUGAGUUUUUGAGAGCAGCAAAGGGUAUGGAGGCCUUUUGUACUCCCGCACAGCUGGGAGAUAUGGAGUUCUUCACCCAGUCUGUGAGGACUCAAUGGGAGGCCUGCUUCUCAAGAGACUUUUCAGAAGCAGGGCAGCACCUUGAGGCACUAAAAGAGCUGUGUGACACCCUCAGCCCAGAGGAUGCUCACCGCCUUGCCCAGACUCAGCUGAUGGAGUGUGAAAAGAGGCUGGCUGCCAUCCAGCGGCAGUUCAGCGGAGACAAAGACACAUCACAUCCAGAUUCCAGGAUUCAGCUUGCCUUCAGUGAAGAUCCAACCACACAAAAGGAACCCAAAAAAGCAAAUGACAAACCUCAGCCGAUUGCGGAGGUGUCCCAGGUGACAAUGCCAACAACUGCUGAGGAGAGGAGGGAGGUAGAAAAGCAAACAUCUGUGGAGGAAGUCAGCAAAAAAGACAUUUUUGAAAGAUAUGAAAAUUGUAAGAGGACACUGCAAACCCAAAUGGCUAAAAACGAACACAGCUUUAAGGAUGUUCCUUCUGACUCUGUCUCCCUAAAAGGCCUGCAUACACGGCUUCAAGAAAUACAGUUUUUGAGGCAGGAGACCGAGUCGCUGUGGUCGGAGUACACAAACCAAUGCUCCCAGUGUACCCAAAUGAGUGGGGAUGUUUCCGUAGAGCAAGAGAAGAUAGAGCUGCAGGAGCAGUGGCGCAGCCAACAGGCAAACCUUCAGAGGAGAGGCAGCUCGCUCAGCGCCGCUCUCAGACAGAUCGACUCUACGGAGAACCACAUGGUGGACUUCGUCGACCGCCUGGACCGUUAUCUGCGACAGCCAAAGGACAUCACCGGCUUCACUCUGGCCAAUACCAACAUCCUGAAAGACAUUAAGGAACUGGAUGAUAACAUUCAAAAUGAGCUGGACCAGCUGUUUCGACUAAACCCCGAAUCCAGUGACCUCGACCCGAGAGAGUGCUUCCCUCUGACCCGCGAAGUUGAGACUCACAAAGCAAGCCUGGAUCAACUCAGACAGCAAGUCCGGAAGAGCGAAGCGGCCGCCCGCGCCCUCGAUAGAUUCCUCAUGUCCCUGCGUACUGUGGACGAAGACAUUUCCGGAGUUCAAGGGGCCCCUUGCAGUGACUCUGUGCUCCUGCAGGACUGUCGCUCUAAGUUGGCUCUGAUCAGACAGAGCAUUGACAGUUUGAAGGAAAAGGCACCGCAACUGGAUUUGCUUCUGCAAGGAGCAAGGCUCACGGUUACAAGGGAUGGGAUUCCAGCGUCCUGCCUGGAUAUGGUGAAUGCACUCCUUAGAAGGCUGGAAGAGGCUGACACUGGUUUGGCCAGCCAGCAGAGAGGCCUUCAAAAGGAGACUCAAAGCAAAUCUCUGGGCCUGAGGAAGAGGGCGCUGUUAGGGGAGCUGAAAAGGCUGCUGGAAACAAUUGAAAAACAAAGCCUGAAGGAGUCCACCAUGCCAGCUGUGCAACACAAACUUCGUGCUCUGUCUGAUUUGGAAAGCCAGCUGCAGGCCCAACACUCUGAGCUUCACAGUCUCCGAGAACUGCAAGAAAAAGAAGGAGGUGGAGAGGACCUCCUGCAGGAGCUAGAGGCACAAUGGAAUGAGACUCAAACAUCAUUCUUUGAAAGGAAGAAGCAGUGCAAUGUUUUGUUGGAGCUUCUGAAGAAGUACCAGACGUGUCGCAGUCACCUGAGCAACACCAUACAAAAAGCAGAGCAGACAAUCACUGACCAGGCUUCUUAUAUGGGCAAAGACAACUUACAGAGAAGUAUGACGAAGGUGAGUGUCAUCAAGGAGGAGCUCGGUUGUCUUGGUGAGCAGAUGGAAGAGAUGCGGGGAGUUUGCAAACAGCUCCAGUCCGAACUGAAGAAGUUCCCAGAAUGCAGUCAGACUCUCUUUGAAGCUGAGGCACACAUACUGAUGGACAACUGGCUUGAUGUAACAGAGAAGACAGAUGCCUUCAUGGAUAACCUUCGAGUGGGCCUUGAGCUGUGGGAAAAGCAGCUAAUGCUGGGGGGAGAGGUGGACAGCUGGGCUGGGGCCAAACUUUCCCUUUUCGCAGAGAGCCAUCCCUUCCACAACGAAAAACAAGUGCUUGCCAUGAGGGAUGAGAUCCAUGCCAAUGAGGAGAAUAUUACGCAUUUUCACAAAAAGUCUGUUGAGAUCCAAGAGAUGCUUCAGAGUCAAGAGGCUCCUUUGGAGCUGCAGGUGAUGGAGACCAAUCUGCGGAAGAGAAUGGAGCAGGUAAAGGAGUUGUUUACUGACUGCACGGAUGUAUUUGAGGAGCUGAUUGCCGUGAGGAAACAUCUGUCUGACAAGAUAGAAGAGUGCCAGACAGCUGUGGAGCAUAUUCAAUCUUGUCUGAGCAAACUUAAUGCUUCAGAUACUAAAGUUGAAGCCCACAUACAGGAUCUGUGUGAAGACCUGGAGUCUCAGGAGAAGCAGGCUGAGGCCGUGUUGAAGGAAGUGGGUUUAGUUUCCAGUGUGGCCAGUCCACGGGUGUUGGAGGAACUGUCUGUUGACUGCACCAAGCUAAAAGAGGCCAUCUCUCGCACCAAAGACAUGAUCCACCUGAAGAGAGAGGAAGGGGAGAAAGGACUGCUCAAAGUUAUCAACGAUGAAAGGCAGUCAUUUGAGGAAUGGUUCCAAGAUUUACAGUUGUCAGUCAAUGAGUGCUUUGAAAACCCUGAAAGCAGAACAGAUGUGGAAAUAUCUGUACAAAGAUUACAUGGUUUCUUAAAGUCCCAUGAUACAAAGAGACGUCUGGACCAGCUGAAAGAUCAGAUAGACAGAGGCAGCAAGCAGUUUCCUCCCCAGCAGCUCUCGGAGCUCAACAACUGGCUAAAGGAGCAAAAGGAGGAGGUGGACACUUUUAAAACCCACUGCCACAACAGACAGAAGCAAAUGGACUCGCUUCUUGAUGAUUUGAACUGUUUGCAGAAACAGCAUGAUAGCUUUCGUGAGUGGCUUCAGAACAAAGAAAAACAAUCUUUGGUGCCAGAGAAUGUGAAAUUUCUUCUCCAAGACCUUCAUCAUGAGAGUGAUAGGGCUGAGACCCUCAGUGAGCUUUUGGCUUCAAUACGGAGACAAGGUGUAAGAGCUGACAACCUCUUGAAGGAUGGGGACAACCUGAUCCAACGCUACCGAAACCUGGAGGCCAGGCUGCAGAAACAGGCAGAUGCCCAGAAAGCAGUACAGGAAGAAUUCCAAAAGUUGAAGAACCAGGCUGAGAGCACUGUUGCUUGGAUUAGUGACCUCCUCCAACCCAUCACCUUCCCUGGCAGAAAGACAGAGAUGGAGAUCAAGAGCACAGCAUUGGCUGUCCUAAACUCCAAAUCUAAGGGAGAGUCUGAAAUACAUUAUCUGAGAAGACAACUGGAAACGUUGUGUAAGCAGGAGAGUCUAGAAGGAAGCAAGAAACAAGAAGCUCAGCUUUUUGUCAGAGAUGCGGAGGAACAAUGGAGGUCGGCUCUGCAGGCUGCUGAAGAGGCUGUUCAUAAGGCAGAGACACAAAUUAUACUAAACAAAGCAAAUGAUGCUUUUCAAACUGAGAAUGAAAGUUUUCAAUCCUGGAUCAAAGACCAGAAUGACUCUCUUGGUGCUAACAUGCAGACAGAGGAAAAGAAACGGAUUUUGCAAACAAUACUGAGCUCAAGGCCUGAUGGGGAGUCAAAGCUUCAAGAUUUGAAGCAAAAAUUCCAAAUUCUCUGCAACAGCGAGGGCUUAAAUGAUGAUAGGAGACAGGAGAUUCGGGAUGCAGUCAAACACGCAGAAGAACAGUGGAGUAAAGUCUUGCACUCUGCCGAGGAGGGUCUUAUCCACGUAGAGAAAGAAGCCGCCUCUGAGAGGGAUUUUGAUGCUUUCAAAAAUCAAAAUGAAACCAUCCGGUCUUGGAUCAGACAACAAAGGCAGAGAGUGUUGGACCUUAGCAGUCUGAUGCAGUUUGAAGAGAGAUUACAAAUUUCUCAGGCUGUCAUGGCUUCAGAAUCUGAAGGAGAUUCCAAGCUGCUGGACCUGAAUAGACAAUCUGAGAGUUUGUGCGAGCGUAUAGAGGAAAGCAGGAAACUGGAAAUUGAGCAGUUGUUAAACAACACGGAGCAACAGUGGAGGACUGUUUUGCAGUCUGCCCGACAAGCAGAACUCCGAUGUCUUUCGGAUGACUUUGAGAGUCAGAGCAAACACGCUGAAUCUUGGAUCAGAGAUAAACAGCAGAAGCUGAAUUCAGUGGGCAGUCACAAAACACCUGAACAGAGAUGCCGCACAGCUCAGACUCUCUUGACCUCCCGACCAGAGGGUGACUAUCAGGUGAACAACCUGAGGAGGCGGGGCCAAAGUCUUUGUGAUCAUCAGGAUGCUGAUGAGGGCAGAAAUGCCCAGGUUCAGCAGGCAGUGAAAGACAUAGAGGAGCAGUGGAGGGCUGUCCUGCAAGCAGCUAAACAGGUAGAAGCUGCUGCCGAGGCAGAAAUUUCCCAAGAAUCCGAAAGGAAAAUGUUGGAGCUGAGAGAAUUCAACACCCAUCAGCAAGGUGUCACUCAUUGGCUUGAGGUUAUUCAACAACAGCUGGAGUCUCUGAGUAGUCUGACUAAUGCUGAGGACAGACUGCGUGCAGCAGAGGCCGUUAUGAGCUUGAAGCCUGAAGGAGACUUAAAGCUCCAGGAGCUCAGGAGACAGGCUCAGAGUUUGUGUGAUCAAGACUUCGAAGAGCGCAAAAAGCGGGAGGUUCAGCAACAAACAAAAGACACAGAAGAGCGGUGGUUGAGGAUACUGCAAGCUGCUAGACAGGCUGUGAGCCAAACUGAGAGGCAGUGUGUUCUGGAUGGCCAGGUGAAGGACUUCCAAGUUUUGAGGGGAAUCGUUUGGGCCUGGCUGGAAGAAAAGAAGCAGAACCUUAUUUCUCUGGACAAUCAAACCAAUCAAGAAGAGGCGAUAAACACUGCACAGAAAAUUCUAAGCAGCAAACCUGAGGGAGAUUCUAAACUAACAGAACUGAGAAGACAAAGCCAGAGCCUGGCUGACCAGGAGGACUUGGAGGAGCACACAAAGCGAGAGGCUCAGCAGGCUGUACAAGACUCAGAAGAAGAGUGGAAGAUAAUACUGCAGACAGCUGAAAACAACCUAAAAAAAGCUGAGAUCCAGUAUUCACUAUCCAAGGAGCUCGAGUCCUUCUGGACCCAAGAGAAUAAUACAAAGACAUGGGUUGAAGACAUGCAGACAAAAGCUGAUUCCAUGGGAGAAGGCACUCAGGGAACCAAAGCUCAGAUCGAGGAACAACUGAACACUGCAAGGGUCAUCUUGAGCUCAAAAUCAAAUGUUGCCACUCAAGUGACAGAGCUGAAGAGAAGAGCUCAGAGUAUCUGCGAUCACAGAGAUCUGGAAAAAAAUAAGAGGGAUGAACUUCAGCAGAUAGUCAGGAACACAGAGGCAAAGUGGACAACAAUUGUGCACAUAGCCGAGGAGAGGCAGAGGGAGUUACAGGGUGUUGUGGAGCGGCUGGUGUCCAGUCAGCACAAACGAGAUCAAGCUGAGGCUUGCCUGGCUGAGCUCCAAAAGCAGACGGACAACCUCCCAUGUGUCUUCCCCUGGCCUGGCCUGGGGGAGCGAAGGCAAGCUGUUGAACAGGCCCGGAUUCUCUUGGACAAGAGCGUAGCUUUGGCCCCCGUGCUUUCAGAUGUGCGGGCACAGGCUACGGAGCUGUUUGAAAUUACACAGGACCAAAGUUGGCAAGUUCCAGCCUGGGCAACUGAGGAGAACAUCCCUGCUCUGCUGAAAAAACUAACUGAUGCGGUUGAAAACCUGGAGCAGGGUAUUCUGACUGAGCGACACUGCACCCUGCUGAUUGAGCAGCAUCAAGCUGCCCAGGACUGGCUGAGGGAGCAGGUUAAAGGCCUCGGACCUCCUCCAGUGGAUAAAAACGGUCUUCACAGUGCUGCCAAUAACUUAAAGGCUUUGCUUCAGACAGUUGACAGGGAGCAGAGAGAAAUGAAGGAGCUGGAUUCCUCCAAAGACAGUUUGCUGAGGCUUUGUACUCCUGGUGGUCAGGAUGCCUUGAACUUGGAAGUCAGCCACCUCCAUAACCUUUGCGCGAACUCGGAGCGGGAAGUUAAGGAGCACCUGACAACCUGCGAGAGGCGCUUGGAGGAGAUGGACUGCGAGCUGGCCAAAAUGGCUCAGGAGCUGAAGGAAAGAGCUGCAGCCCUGCAGUGGGAACUCCGCUCUCUGGACCAGGCCCUCAGCUACAGUGAACCACAAGAUAACAUUGAUCAGCUGAAACAGCAUUGGAACAGCCUCCAGAACUGUGAGAUGUCACUACAGUAUUUGGGUGUGAAAGUUCACGAUCUUUACCAGGAAAUAAUGCUGCUGUCUUCUAACAAUGAGCUUCCACCAGAGACGAUCAGAGUUGUCGAGUCUUUAUGCCAGCAACAUGCAAGCCUGAAGUCCAGGCUGGGUGAGCAUCAGAGCUCAUGCUCCUCAAAUACAGCCAGGUGUCUGCAGGACUGCCUUGAUGCCCUGGGGAAAUGGAACAACAGCACCCCAUCAGACUCAAUUUCAUCUGUUCAGGGGACGUUGGAAGAAGGUGAAAAGUUGAUGAACACCCUGCAGGAGGUGCUGUCUCACCAGCAGUUUUUAACUGCCUGUCUGGAGCCAGAGUGCUUUGAGAGACUGCAAAAAGAGAAAUCAGAGAUUCUAAGAGAAUUAGACUUGCACAAGGCUAAUUUAAGGCAACACUUAAAGGAGCUUGAACAAAGGAGUAAAGAACCUGUUAUUCAACCCCCCAAUGAACAGGAGGUUUUGAGUGACAAGAUAUCGACAGAGUCUCUUCAGACAAUUGAGAAACUGUCAACAGAUACUGUUCUGGUGGAAGAGACCCAACUAGAAAGGCCAAGCUCUACGGAAAGCAAAGCAACUGCUAGUGUUUUGAUGAUGGAAAAUGUAGUUGUGGAGCCACUACAAAAAUCAGCAAUGAACAAUAUCUUCUCAGAGAUACAGAAACUCGCAAGAACGGGGACAAUAAGUCAACUCAUUGAGGGUAAACCACUGGAGGAUGCUCCAGAGACUCUUAUGACAUCUACCAGUGAUUUAGAUAUGCGUCUAAGCAGACUAGUUUCUAAAGUUUUGAGCCUUAAGAACUGCCCCGCUGAACUCAGCCUAACAAGCAUGACUCGACAGUUGGAAGAAGCUCAGGAGUGCAGACUGCUCGCCCAGCUCCAGGUAUCAUUGUUCUCUGAGCUCAAAGAAGCUGAUACUAUAAACAGGGAAACCCUGGAGAACAUGGAGGACCAGUGGAACGCUGCAGCCCAGGAUGGAGCUGCUGUAAUCCACAGUAAAGAGGCCCAGUUAGAUCUGGUGACUGAUUACUGGACACAGACUCAAACAGUAAAUGCCACAGUAGAUAAACUGUCAGCAGAACUGGAUGCUGUACAAAGGUCCCCCCAGGGAAACAGCCAACAGGAAGUAGAGCAACUGUGUUACUUACAGAGAAGCAUGGAGGAGAACAGAACAGUACUUGGGGAGUUGCUUGUUACCCAUACAAAGUUGUACCUCCAUCUGAGUCAGUCGGACCAAGAAGCUGCACAGAUGGGGCUAAAGACCCUCCAAGAAAGGUGGGGAGCCCUGGAAAGAAGAAUUGAGAGCAAUCUUCAUCACACAAAGGUGCAUUCUGAACACUCCAACAGUCUUCUAUCUGAGCUGUCAAGUCUACAAGAAUGCAUACAGAAAAUCCAGAAAGACCUUGAAACCAUGUCUUCUUCGGUUGGUCAGUGGAAUUGCAAGGAUGCACAGCAGCUGAUGCAGUCAAAUGCUGAGAUUAAAGCAGCCCAGCAACAAUGCCAACAUCUCCAGAAGCUAUCAGAGGAGUUUCUCCUUAACUCACGUUGGGAAAUAGAAUCGAAAGAGAUAGAUCACAGGCUCCAAGACAUCAAAGACAAACUUUCCCACAGUGAGGAACUAAUGUCUUCCAAAAGUAAGAACAGCAGCAACCCCAUCAUGGAGAAAAUAAUCAUUGUGAUGAGGGAUGGCCUUGCAUGGGCCAGGGAAACAGAGAGUGACAUUGAAGGGAGAAGAAAGAGGGUGCCUCUUCUUCCUGAAGAGGUUCACCGGCAGCUCAGAGGUCUGAAAAAGCUGCAGGCUGAUGUGAUGGCCAAACAGGGUCAACUGGAGUCACUGGUGGAGGAAGUGACAGAGCUCUUUCCACAGAUGGACCAGGUCGAAGAGGUGCCUAUUGUCCAUAGUUCUCUGGAAUGCCUCGAAGAACUCUCAAAGUCUACCACUGAGAAGCUGUCUAAGGCAAUGAAAGAGGUAGAAACAGGACUCCAAACCAGAGAAAAGCUAUUUGAGCAGAUUGCUGACUUAGACUCCUGGAUUUUGACUCAUCUGCAAUCAAUGGCAGCGGGGAGUUCAGAUAGUGAACCUUUGAGCCAAGUUGAACUUGGUUCCAAAGUUCACCGGAUUCAACAAACCCAGGCCGAAGCUGAGAGGCAGGCAGCGAUCUGUGAGGCUAUUUACAUGACUAGUAAAGAUAUUGCAUCUGACCUUAGUGUUACAGAAACUUGUCUUCAUUUUGACAAAAUUAGAAACCUCCAGGAGGAUAUCAGAACUAUUAACAGAAAAGAGAAGGCUAAUAAGGAAGAGCUGGAGGAACUUAUUAAGACUAUCGAUUCAAGAAAGAAAAAUGCGGUCACUGUUGAAAACAGCCUGAGACUAAUACUGGCAGAUCUGAGCAAACACAGGUACCCUAUCACAAGAGAGUCUCUCCAAGCGUUGGAACCUUUUAAACUUCUGAUUUUGGAACACAAGUCUCAGAUUGACCUUCUGGUACCAUGGAUUCCCCGAGAAAAGUCAAAUGAACUGAACUCAGUGAUUUCUGAACUUCAAAACAAAAUGAUUUCCUUGGAAAUGAAAUCCAAAGAUCAUGAGAGGUACCUGAACAUGAGGCAAUGUGUGGAGGACCUCAAAGAGCACAUUCAAGAACAGGUUCACCAGACCAAAGAGGAGAGCAGGGACCAUAAGGAGAGGUACAGACUUUGUCACACUCUCCUCAACCAGUUCCCUUUGAUGAGAGAAUUGUGUAAAGAAACUCGCUCCGUGCUUCAAAUUAUCUCCUCUGACCUAUACCCCUCACAACUGACUGUAGAGCAACAGAGGCUCAAACAAAAUGAGGAGAGUCUGGAGACCUGGGAGAUGGCCCUCUGCAAUAACCUCAGACUUGUUGAGUGGGACGUCCUUAAGGAACUGGACAUUGAAUCAGAAAAGAAAGCCGUUGAGUUUUUCCUUUUAACGACCCAGAAAGAGCUUCAGAGACCCUCUUUAUUGGAGCCUGAUUUAACUCUGAUUGACAAAGAAUAUCAGGGAGUUUUAUCUUUAAAAAAGAUUGUGCAGUCAAGAACAAAAGUCCUGGAAGUUUUAGAACAAAAGAAGGGAAACAAAGACAACCAAGAAUCUCAAGAUCUAAUGACGUUGAAAAACACUGUCCUCAGUCAAUGUGACUCACAAAUGGAAAACAUUUGUCACGCCAGGGGAUGUUUGAGAGAAUACACCUAUGCUGUUAAUGAGGCACUAAGGUUUUUGCGGGACAUCGAGGCCUGCAUAUUGCCUCCUCAGGGAUCUGCUGGACCAUGCUGUGAAAGUCUGAAAGAGACCCAGCAGACCUUGUUGACACUGGAGGAUCUGUUCCAAACCCAUGUUGAGCGGCUCCAAAACCACUUUGUUCAGCAGACCUGCUUGUCACCACAGAAACUGGAACAGCUACAGCAAAAUAUUCUAAGCCAGCUCCUGGUCAAGAAGUCCACUCUCCAGGCAAAGUGUCACGUACGACUGGAAUGUCUUAACAGGUGUGCUGAACAACAUUCAACCUUCAGCAAGUCAUAUGAUGAAAUCAUUCAGCGUCUCACUAAUGUAGAGAUUAGGCUUUUAGAGGUGAUCUCUCAAAAAGUCAGCUGUCUUGCUGAAUGCACAGUGCAGAAAGAAAAGUUCACAAUGCUAUCCGAGGAGAUGGAGUCUCUGCUGAAAAAUCUGGAGGGGCUGAAGGAGUGGUGCCCAGAACAGAGCUGUCGUGGAUGCAGGGAGGUCACUGUGACUACUCUGUGGAGACGGGUUUCAAGACUACACCACUACACACAGGAGCUGGUAGCACGGAGUAAACAGAAGGUCACGGAGUGGCUUGAUAUCACAAACAGUGUGGAGAAAGCCUCUAUGGAACUGGAACAGGUGGAGGCAGAGCUUCCAGAUGGUUCCAAGCUAAAAGCCUCAACUGAGGAGCUCCAGGACCUUCUGCAUUCCUGGGAACAGUACCAGGAUGCAUUGGACUGUGAACAUCGAGCUCUGUGUGCUCUGGAACUGCGCACAGCGAAGUUGCUCACUGUCCCUGUCCCCGUGGAGCAAGCUCAUUCCACCAUACUCUGUCAGCAGCUGCAGGAAAUGCAAGGCCGAUAUGACAGUGUGAGGCAGAGGGGCUCAGAAGGUGUACUGGCUGUCAAGCUGGAACUGGAGGAGAGGGACAAGCUUCGAGAAGAGCUCCAAGUAGUCCGAGUAUGGGUUGAGGCUGCCGAUAGUCUUCUGUCUGACAUGGAGGAAUGCAGCAGCACAGAGGAGCUACAGGAUAUUUACAGCCAACUGUUUGUCCAAAAGGCUUUACUACAGCAAAUCAUGGAGAACAUCAAGAUGAAAUAUUCUGACAUGUCUUGUUUGGCCCCAGUUGAAAUUCAAAGCCAGCUACAGGAAGUCUCAAAGUCCAUGGAACACGUAGAAGCCAAGGUGGGAGAGGCAAUGGAGAAGAGCGGUCCUGUCCACCAGCUCGGGGCUAAAUUGUCUGAAAUCCAAGCUGGCCUGAGAUCAGUUCAGAAGAGACUGGAAGAAAGAAGCCCCAGUGUAAUUGAAGCAAAGUUCACACAGAAGCGUGCGUGGGACGAACUGGACAUGUGGCACUCCCGUCUGGCAUCACUAGAAGUAGACAUGCAAGACUUGGAGAAGCCUGAGGAAGCACUGGGACUCACAGAAAGGCUGGUGGAGGUCCAAGAACUUCACUCCUCUUUGGCCAAACAGGCAGAGCAGAGGACCACGCUUCUAAGCAAGAUACACACGUGGCUUCAAGAACAUAAAGAGAUGAUCAACAGCUCAAAAAGCUGGAUGGCAGAGGCAGAGUCGUGGCUUUCUGCUCCCUGCACAUAUACCACAGCCAAAUGCCUGAGCAGCCACGUUAACGCCUUGCAGCUUGUGUUGGAUGACGCAGCCCAGAUCCGGGCGACGCUCCAGGGCUUCAGUUCAGUUUUGAAGGAAAUGUCGCAGGUAUGUGACGUCACAACUCUCCAGGAACAGCUGAAUGAAGCGGAACGAAAAGUGGCCGAUGUUCAAGACAGCUUCUCAGCUCCACUGUCUCAACUAGAGCAUGCAGCCGCUGAGGUGGAGGCUAUUGAGAGUGAAGUGAAGCGGAUGGAGAACGAUGUGGCUGAGAUUAAGGCGUUAUUAUCAUCGCCAGAGACUUUCCCAAAACCAAAGGAAGAUAGCCUCCAGGAGAUUGAGCUGAGGAUACAGUCCAUGAGUACAACAAUAGCUGAAAUCCAGAAAUGUAAACCGGGCCUCUGUCUUCCAGAGAAGGCUGAAGAAACUCUGACUGUCUUUAAUGUAGUAGGCCAGCUCCAAACUCUGCUACUGGAACUGGAAAAGAAAGUCCCCGCCCUGUUCAUCCAGCAGCCUCCAACUCCUGAUCCAACCAAAAUGUCUGCCAAACUCCAAAAACCCACAUCUGAGGAGGCUGAAGAAGAACAGGGCCAAAUCAGAGUUGUCCACUUAGAGGAGGACGUACUAAAGCGAUCUGGAGGCACACUGCAGACUGUGGAGCAGUCUUCUCCUGAACAAAGACAGUCCAGGACACUUAAUUACUCUCAGCAGAAACAGCAUCAAGGUGUACUCCAGGCUGGAGAAACGCCAGAGACUAAAACGAAUGAGGGGCCAAAAGUGGAAGAUUUUGGUGGAAGUGUAAUGUGGUGGCUCUGGGAUGCUUUCCUUGGAGCUUCACCUGAGGUACCUGCAAUUGUAGUCUCAGAGAACGAUGACACAGCCUCUGGACAAAGCACUGAACAGACCGAAGAGGACAAAAAGGGUGUUCUUCAGGAUGUUGAGGGCGCGGAAGCAAGUUCGUCAGAAGUUUUAUCUAAACCUGUGGGCACAGUCAGAACUCAGUCACUGCCAGAGAGCAUGGGAUCCCAGCCUGAGCCCAGCUCCCAUGAACCUGUUCUCCAUGAGUGUCUUGGAAGGGUCUGCGAGUUGGAGCUGUGGCUGCUAAAAGCCCAAAGGAGUCUUUUUUCUGCUGGAGAUCCUGGUUCGGCGGCCAUGCAGGGCAAUGUGGAGCAGCAACUCCUCACCUGCCAGGAGAUGUUUCUGGAGAUUGAAGAGAAGGUUGCCAGAUUGUCAGCACUUAGUUCGGUUGCUGACCAACAGCAGUUAAGUGAACUGGGAGCUGUGGGAUCCCAACAAGCAGCGGCUGAGCAACUUGCCUCCAAACUAGAACACGUAAAAGCCAGCCUAAUGUCCUUCCAGCAGCUGCUACAGGAUAAAAAUGGAGAGGAGGAACCGAUCAGUAGCAGGGAUACACCGGAGCAGAAGACCUUUACUCUGCCAGAGCACCACCCUAAGUCUAAGUUGAAACGAAGCAGUAGCGUCCAGGAGAUCUUUACAUCACCACGAAACAAACUCCUGAGACAGAGCAGCCUGCAGCAGCAGAAGGAGUUGGAACUUGAGCUGGCCGAGCAGAGGGGGCUGACUCUGGCAAUCGCCCGGCAAGGCAGCAGAGUUCAACUUUAUAGCCCAGAGUCAGAUGACCAAAGCCAGCCGCUGCCAAGGUCCCUUUCUGCUGAAGCUGAUGUGGAGGAGGCUCAGAAAAAGUGGGAUCGUCUUCACAGUCAGCUGCUUGCUUUAGAGGAGAGCUGUCUGCUUCCUCCAUCCGAGGUGACAGACUCAUCUAUGAAGGGUUGGGAUGGAACAGCAGGACAUAUUAUUGGCACAAAAAACCUCAAAGAGCUCCAGACCUACAUCAGCUAUCUUAGAGAGCUGGGCCACACAUCAGCAAAGCUUCUGAAUCAGGCUUCCCCUAUUGAGGACGCUCACCAUACGCUUGAUGAGGGUUUGUUUAAUGUGCUGCACGGAGCAUUCCUGUCCCUGUCCUCUAUAAACAGUCAGCUGCUCCCAACUUCUGAAGGAAAUCAUGAAGAAAACACCCAGUUGAGGCUACUGCACAUGGAGAGUCUUUCUGCAGAGCUGGUCACUCUGGGCAGUGAGUUGGUCUCGCAGGGGUCAAAGGUCAGUCGGCUCCUGGGUUCAGACGUUGUUCAACAGUGCGUUGACGAUUUGUCCAGAGUCCUUUCCGUGGUCCGGGCUACACUGAGCAAAAGUGAGAAGCAGCUCCGUGAACUUCAGGAGGACACGGCAGAGAAAAGGGCUGGUGUUCAAAUGCAGGAGUCUCUGCAGCAGCAGGCCGAGCAAGCAAACUACCUGUUGGACAAUGCUGACCAGAGCAACUUAUCUGCCUCUCUUAUUGAUAAAGCCUCACAGUUGCAGGGUGAGCUGGACACGUUGCUUGGUGGUGUCCGUUGCCACUGUGAGGAGCUGAAGAGCAAAGUGUGUCUGGAGCAGCUGUUUCAGCAGCUGGUUCACGGCCUGGAAGAGCUGCUUUCUCUGGGGUCUGAACGCAUAACUCGGCAACCUGACAUGGAGCUCCACAGCAGGGCUCAGCUCCAGCAGCAGCUCCACAGUCAUACGAAAUUCUUCAAGUUGCUGGGCUAUCGUAUUCACGUCCUUCAGUACCUAAACACAAGGGUCCCAGACACUACCCUAAAGAGACGGGGGGACGUAUUGAUGGGCCUGCAGGACAAAGUGGAUUGGCUGCAGCAGCGAGGAUUAGAAAAAGGGAUUAGGAUGCAAGAAACAUUGCAGAUGUGGUCACAGUGGGAGGAGGACAGCUUCUGGGCAGACUCCCAGCUUAAAACCAUUGAGGCUACAUUUCCUUGCAUACAGUGGACGAAUGACCAUGAGGAGCAGGUAUCACAAAACAUCGCUGUGUACCAGGAACUACACAGCGUUUUGAAGGACAUCAAGGUGCGCUUUAGUCUUAUGCUGGAGUUAGGACAAAAACUCUCGAGGGUGGGUUGCGGUGGAGUGAGCGUGUCCACGCUGGCAUUGGAAACACGUUGGAAUUCUUUACACAGGAGGCUGGAGCAGGAACACUCCAGCUUUGACAAAAUGAGGAAACUGAGGAGCAGGUUUCUGCUGGAUUCUCCUGCUCUGGCAAGUUGGAUGGCCGGGGCCAGAGAGUCAGCCAACAAAUUGAGUCAAGCAACGGUGUCUUUUAUCGAGCCUGUGAAUGUCCAACAAAGGCGUGAUCUCUUCCUUCAGUCUGUGGAUUUGACUAAGGAUCUGAAGGCCAAAACUCAAUUGAGGCUGGUGUUGAUGCACACUCUGACCGAGUUGGUUGAGCUUGGAGAGGCAGAAGCGGAUCCUUUCAAGACUCGGCUCGAACAGCUAGAGUCGGAGUGGUCCAGUCUGGUGGCGGACAUUACUGCCAUCCAACAUUCGCUACACAAGUUUUGGAUGGAGGGGCUGACCCAGCAGGCGGCACUGCUCGAGCUGCAGGCUUUCCUUACCGAGGCAGAAUCCCAGUUGAAGGAACAUCAUACCAGCAUCAGUCAAAACCUCUGCACCGACUCUGUUUUGACCACAGUCCAUAAUUACUGCAAGGAGUGUCAGAUAGAAACAUCUGCUCAUCAAGCCACAGUGGAUUAUAUAAACCAGCCUUUAAAAUCAUACACAACUGGGAAUAGCCGCCAUGAGAACAACCAGUACGCAGAGGAACAAGGUCGCCUUAAUUAUCAAUGGCAAUAUUUUGAGAAAAAUCUUGAAACUCAGAUUCAAGGUAUGAAGCAAGAGCUGAGGGACCGAAGGGAACUAGAUGCCCUAUUGCAGCAGAUUAACAGCUGGAUCACAGACCAAAACCUCUGGAUUGACUCUGUUCAGGCACCCAGCAGUCAGACAGAACUACACAAGAGCCUCAGCAUUUGUCAGGACCUUGAGGAGAAGAUUGAGCAGAAGCAUGCGGCUCUCAGGGAAUUGAGAGACAAAAUCUGUUCCAAAAAAGAUAUUAGUAGCUGUGAUUACACCUCCAAUACAGAGAAGUCCAUCCAGGCCUGUGCAGCUCUAACACAACAAAAUGAAUCACUGAAGAGGAGGCUUAUUCAUGCUCAAAAUCUGUGGAAUACCGUGGAUGAGAAACAAAAAUACAUGAUGCUCAAGACCAUCAGAAUAUCUCAGACUGUGGAGUGUUACUGCAGUCCUCAGCUCUCCUUGCAGGCACAAAUGCGUCUUCACGAAAAACUGAAGCUUCUUCUUGAGGAGACACAAUCUUCUGAGGCAGAGUGGGAUGAACUGAGUCAAAUCACCCUUUCACUGAGUGGAAUCAUCAGCCCUGGUGCUGUGGUCAUCCUCGCCCAAUGGCUGGACAGACAGAGGGAGUGCUGGAACGAAGUGGCGGGAGCUUUGAGUGGUCAGCUUCUGAUGAGUCAGCGUAUUCUGGUGGUUUGGGAAGUCUAUGCGCAGGUCACAGAGUCUCUGUCCAAACAACUGCAAACACUUCAAGGAGAGGUAUCCUCAGUUCUAAACGCCAUAAGUGUACAAGACAACACUGUCGACAUGGUCACUGUCAACAUUCACAAUGUCCAGAGUCUGUUAGAUAGAAGCAACACUGUGCAGUCUGACCUGGAAUGGUUGCUGAAAGCCUCCAAAGACUUGAUCGGCCACCUCGAACCUGCAGCCGUCGGUUUGGUCCAAUCGGAGACUCGUCUGCUGUCACGUGGUUUCCUGCAGCUCAGCCAGCAGCUGUCAGGGAGGCUGGGUCAACUGCAGGAGGAGCUUAAGCAGAGGCAGGAGUUUGAAAAUGCCCUGGAGUCAUUGGAAGGGAAUCUUGUGGUUUGGCAGCAACGUCUGGAGAAUGUGGCUCAGACAGACAAGUCUGGCCUCCUGGAGCUGAGCAGCCUGUCUGCUGACCUGGAUGUGCUGAAUGAGCUGAGCUGUAGCCUGACUCUGGGUGACGCUGCCGCUCGCCGCCUGCAGCGCCUGAACCGCUGCUGGUCAAACGCCUCCGUCGCAGCCGAAGAGGCCUGCAGUGAGCAUCAGGUGGAGGCACUCAGGCAGCAGACGUUCGAGCAGAAGUGUGAGAGCUGGAUGUCGUUUCUGCAGAGGAUGGAAGACGGUCUGGCCGUGGAUGUCUCUGGCUCUUACCUCGGUCUAAGACAGCAAUUCUGCACACAUAAGCGAUUUCAGGCCGAGCUUUCCACCGGUCACCAGAUUCUUCAUUCAGUCAUCACUGAAGCACUUCAUCUGCUGCAGAAAGGAGAGGUAGAAGACAGGAGUGACUUUAUUCUGAAGCUGGCACAGCUCAGAGAGCACUGGCAGGGAGCGUUGCAGCGGACUGACCAGCGGCGCUCGUUGGUCGAGGGGCUGCUAAAGCACUGGCAUCUGUACGGCCACAGCCUGAGGAAACUGCAGAGGUUCUUGUCAGAAACACAGACCCUCCUCCCCCCCGUUGGGCCAGCCCGCUACAGCCUGCAACAACUCAGACGCUCCUUCCAGGACCUCCAGCACACAGAGCUGUUGUUCCAGAGGUAUCAGAGCACUUUCAUUCACACUCUGGAGGUAGGCCGACAUCUGUUCUCCAUGGGAAAUGAGGAGACCCAAACUCAGCUGCAGAUGGAUCUGGGGACACUGCAGGAAGAAUGGGAUAGCCUUCACAGCCUGCUGGGCAGAAGAAUGGAUCUCACUGAGGCCAUCAUAAAGAACUGGGAACGCUGUGAAGCUGGAAUUGCAGACAGCAUGUUGCAACUAAAAGACAUGAAGACCCGACUGAACCAGUCAAUGCCAGAAUGUGAUGCGGACCUUCAGAGUGCAGAGAAAUUUUAUAAGGAGAACGAGGACUCCCUGGAGGACUGGGCUGAAAGCCUGACGGAGCUGAGCACCAUGAAGACGGAUCUGUCUCAGUACAUCAUCGCGGACGAUGUCCUGCUGCUGCAGGAGCAGGUGGAGGACCUACACUGCCAGUGGGAGGAACUCUGCGUAAAGGUGUCUCUGCGUAAACAGGAGAUCGCCGACCGUCUGAACGCGUGGAUCAUCUUCAACGAGAAGAACAAGGAGCUUUGCGAGUGGCUCACACAGAUGGAGAACAAAGUAGCGCACAACUCGGACCUCAACAUUGAAGAAAUGGUGGAAAAGCUCAAGAAGGACUGUAUGGAGGAAAUCAACCUAUUUAGUGAGAAUAAAACCCACCUAAAGCAGCUUGGAGAACAGCUCAUCACCGCCAGCAACAAGACCAAGGAAACAGAAAUCAACGAGAAGCUGAAGGACGUCAACGAUCGCUGGCAGCAUUUGUUCGAUCACAUAGAGGCCAGGGUGAGAAAGCUGAAGGAGACGCUGGUGACGGUGCAGCAGCUCGAUAAGAACAUGAGUAACCUGCGGACGUGGCUGUCCAGGAUCGAGGCGGAGCUGGCCAAGCCGGUGGUCUACGACGUCUGCCACAGCGACGAGAUCCAGAGGAAGCUGUCCGAGCAGCAGGAUUUGCAGCGGGAUAUUGAGCAGCACACGGAGAGCGUGGCCUCAGUUCUGACGCUGUGUGACGUCCUGCUCCACGACGCUGAUGCUUGCGGCAGCGACUUGGAGAAUGACUCCAUUCAACAGACCACGCGUAGCCUGGACCGCCGCUGGAGAAAUAUCUGUGCCAUGUCCAUGGAAAGGAGGAUGAGGAUUGAGGAAACGUGGCGUCUUUGGUGCAAGUUCCUUGAUGACUAUUCUCGCUUUGAAGACUGGCUGAGAGCAGCUGAGCUCACUGCAGCCAGCCCCGAUUCUGCCAACGUCCUCUACACCAGUGCCAAAGAAGAGCUCAAAAAGUUUGAGGCAUUCCAGCGACAGGUCCAUGAGCGGCUGACUCAGCUGGAGCUGGUCAACAAACAGUACCGCCGUCUGGCCAGAGAGAACCGCACUGACGCUGCCAGUAAGAUCAAAGUCAUGGUCCAUGAUGGAAACCAGCGAUGGGACUUCCUACAGAGAAGGGUGGCAGCGGUCCUCCGCAGACUUAAGCACUUUACCUCUCAAAGGGAGGACUUUGAAGGAACUCGGGAGGGAAUCCUGGUCUGGCUCACAGAGAUGGAUCUUCAGCUAACAAACGUGGAGCACUUUUCUGAGAGCGAUAUUGAAGACAAGAUGAGGCAGAUGAAUGGCUUCCAGCAAGAGAUCACCCUGAACACUAACAAGAUCGACGCACUGAUUGUAUUUGGGGAGAACCUAAUUCAGAAGAGUUCUCCCCUGGAUGCUGUGUUGAUUGAGGACGAGCUUGAAGAGCUCCACUCCUACUGCCAGGAGGUGUUUGGAAGGGUGGCUCGCUUCCAUCACCGUCUCGUCAACAGACGACCGGUCCUAGACGAGGAGAGGGAGAUGUCCGACCGCGACACGGACAUGGACGACACCCCUGAUCUGAACAACAGGAUAUCCUGGACAGAGGUGAAGAGGAAGAAGGAGGAGAACGAAGCUCCAGCAGCCGGGGGAGUCUCGCCUGGACGGCCGGCCAUGUGCCAGCUCCUGGUACCUCCUCCGGAACGGUCAGGAAGAGAGACCCCCGUGAGCGUGGACUCUAUCCCCCUGGAAUGGGACCACACGGUGGACGUGGGAGGAUCGUCAUCACACGAAGACGAUGAGGACGCCACUUUCUUCAGCUCUCUUUCGGAUGUGAACGUGACAGAGAAUUCAGACUCAUUUGUUAAAUCGACUGUCAGGGCAAUGAAAGCAGCCUCGGUAAAAUCAGUGACUGACCCACCUAGCUGGCAUCAGCCCAUCUCUCCAGAAAGGAAACAAGUUCCUCGUGAAAUCAUCCAAAACCUGAGUUCAUCUCCGACACGCAUCGAUUGUAGUCCUUUCCACCGGCAGGGCUACGCUAAGCUGAUGUCAGAGUGCAGUGGCAGCAUCAACAGUGUAAAGAGAGUAAAAUUACUUCUCAAUGAUGACGAGGAGCUUGAGUCUGCCGGUCUUACCAGCAGCACGGCGAACAAGCAGACCAGCACAGGUGUGAUUGAGCGCUGGGAGCUGCUACAAGUGCAACGAUUCACCAACGACUCGGACAUCAAGCAGGACCUGGAACAGUGGCAGAAGCUGAACUCUGACCUUUGUGAUGUCACGUCCUGGCUGGGCAGAGUGCUGCCAGAACUUGAGAGGCUACAGCGAAUCGCUCCGUCCACCAGCAUCAAAGACAUCGAGUUCAAUAUAAAAAGGCUUAAGGAGAUACAGAGAACCUUCAACAGCUACAAGUGUCUGAUGAUCUCCGUUAACUUGAGCGGCCGUCAUUUCCUGCGGGGGGACAGCGUGGAGCUGCAGGAGCUGCAGGAGGCUCUAACAUCUACCAAUCAAAGCUGGACGCAGGCCUGCAGCGGUCUGGAGAGCUGGGAGAGCAAACUGCACUCAGCUCUGAUGCAGUGUCAGGAGUUCCACGAAAUGCUGCACACGCUGCUGAUGUGGCUGUCCAAGGCCGAGGGCAAACUCUGUGCUGUAAACAUUGAGGACCAGUCUGUUUCACCCACCUCUUUACUGGAGCACCGAGACACACUGAUGGCUCUGCAGGAGGAGCUGCGCAGCAGACAUCAGCAGGUGUCCGCGCUCCAGGACAUCUCCUCCCAGCUCCUGCUGGAGGCCAGCGGCGAGGAGAGCGUGGAGGCCAAAGAGAAGGUCCACGUCAUUGGCAACAAACUGCACCUGUUGGUACGACAGGCGGCCGCAGCCCUGACGUCAGUGCAGGGAAGAAUGGAAGCCCAAUCACAGGCAGCUACAGUUGGACUUCCGGGAACUAAAAGGGAGGAGAGAAAGGACCCUUCCCCACAACGACCCUUCCUCUACCGGGUCUUGAGAGCUGCCUUCCCCCUCCAUCUUCUCGUCCUCAUGCUUCUGGUUCUGGUCUGCCUGGUGCCUCUAUCAGAUGAAGAUCACAGCUGUACUCUGUCCAACAACUUUGCUCGAUCAUUUUACCCAAUGCUGCACUACACCAAUGGCCCUCCACCCACAUGA